AUGAUCAUCUACAAGGAUAUCUUCUCCAACGAUGAGAUGGCCUCUGACACCUACCCUCAUCGAAUCAUCGAUGACGUCAUCCUCGAAAUCGACUGCAAGGUCAUCACCUGCAAGCCCGGUGCCAUCGACGAGGCCCUCCUCGGCGCCAACGCCUCCGCUGAAGGUGGCGAUGAUGGUGCUGAUGAUGCCGAGACCAUCUCCGCCCCAGACGUCGUUCUUGCCAACCGACUCCAGGCCACUGGUUUCGACAAGAAGAGCUGGACCGUCUACAUCAAGGACUUCAUGAAGCGAACCCUCAAGAAGCUCGAAGAAAACGGCGACCAGGCCAAGAUCGAUGCCUUCAAGAAGGGUGCCCAGACCGCUGUCAAGAAGAUCCUCGGCUCCUUCAAGGACUGGGAAAUGUACACCGGUGAGAACAUGGACCCCGAAGGUUCCAUCGCCUACCUUAACUACCGAGAGGACGGAGAUUCUCUCAACUCUACCUUAGGACAUCUUUUAAUUUCGCCUUGGGCUCUCGUUCUGUGCAAUUUCCACCUCCCGCAGCUCCACCACCGCUUUGGUGGACGCCCGGAUGCUUCCUGUGACUCGACAAUUAGAAUCAAAUAA